AGAGGGUGGGAGGAGAGGGAGACCAGGUGCAGAUCUUGACGCGCUGGGUAUUGGGAUCUGAGACAGCCGGUGGGUCCAAUAGUCCCCAAUACAUCCCGGGGGCAUCCACAUCUUGGCGCUGCAAAGAACAUCAGGCAGGGCACCGCCGUAGAGAGUAGGGGUUCAACCGGCUUGACUUGCCGAAGGCGCUACCAGCGGUAUGGACCCCAAGUCCGAGUGGGCUCUGGGCGAGUUUCGAGAUCCUCCCAUCGAGUUGAGGAUACUGGAACACAGGGUUGCAGGCGGCGGAGCAGCAGCGGCCGCGGCAGCGGCAGCCAGAGGCGGCGUGGCAGCCAGAGGGGGCGUAGCCGGCGGCGGCGGUGCUGGCGGUAGUCCGCAGCAACAACAAGCGCUACCCGGGGGCAGUGUUGCUACCACCGCUGCUGCUGCUGCUGCCGGUGGGCAUGGACGAGUGCUGCCGGCCUGGACGGCUUACCAAGGGGAGCGCUUGACAGGCCUCCUGGUGGUGAAGUUUGAUGUUGCGAGUGCCGAUGGCGAAGACCGGCGGAGUCGCUGGCGGCAGUUCGGGACCGAGCUGAAUGUGGAGCUGGAGAUCACCACGGAGGCGGUGGCUUCGGCGGGCACGGCGUUCUUGUCGGAAGAGCCCUCCCUGUGGAGGGACUACGAGGGCAGGGAGAACACGAGGGACAGGGGGGUGCUGGCCCGCAGCAACCGCACCGUCAGCCUAAGCCCCGAAGGCUCCCAGCUGCAGUCGGGCGCAGAGCUGGUGUACGCUCUCGACAUGGAGGUGCAAGUCCCCGUGGACUCCCUCGGACAGAACGUGGUGCUCGAGGCCCUCGUGUCCCCACCUUCGGGGAGACGGAGCGAGUGCGUUAACACCCGUGGCGUUGCCGCCGGUCCCUCCAGGGACACCUCAGGCGCUUCUUCUGGUGCCGGAGGAGCCGGCGGCGACGGCGGCGGUGGCGGUAGCGGCGGCAGCAAUGGCGGGGGCGGGCGGAGGAGAGGAAUCGGAGGGGACUUCGCGACCCGUCUCGACGGCCUGUUCGCGCUCAGCAGGGUGGCGCCGGUGCGACUACCCGUGCGGCGGUGCUUCCUGCCCCUGCGCGUGGUCCAACCCAUCACCGUCACGAGCCGGUCCUGCCCUUUUACGUCGUCGCCUGCCGCUGCUGCCGCUGCUGCCGCUGCUAGCGGUGGUGCGUUCGCCGGGGCCAUCGGGCGGUGCCUGGUGGCCCUCGAGGUCCGGAAUGACCACCCCGCCGCCGCCAUCACCGUCCACGACGUCGAGGUCCACGUGGACGCCACGGCGCGGUGCGGGGACAGGUCGUCGUCGCGGGGGUUUUCUGCCCCGGGGAAGGCGGGGGGGAGAGGCGGCGGCGGCGGCGGGGGGGGACGAGGAUGA